AGUGUAACUAGGUAGAUAUUUUGUGAGCCUAAAGACCUUUGACACGUCUUUGUACUGUACUUGUCAAAUUUUUACCGCAGGUAUAUUUUAAGGACAGGAUACCUUAAUAGCACUUGUCACCUUUUUCUGAAGGUUGUAUUUAAUGCAGGAAACUACACUUCCAGUACAGACAGUUUGUAAAUGUUUUCGAUUUGGUGUCGUAACAUAUUGUUUGGGUUGUUUACAGAGCGUAUGAUUGAUAAGUUAUUGUUAGCGAUGGUACUAUAUAGUGGGAAUAUUGAUCGCACAGUUUAUGUGUCGACUUAAUCAGUGUAGAUUAGGAGUCACUGUAAAAAGAAUGCUUAAUCGACUAAUUCCUCCCAGUGCACUAAUGCGCUAUAUGGAUUAUUUAAAUACGAACAUGAAGAUGGAUUAAUGUGGAUUUUAUUCUGUUGUGUAAGUUUUAGAGUCAAAUACCAGAGAAGAAAAAAAAUCUACGUUGUUAGAAUUCUAAAAGUAUUUUGGAUAUAAAAAUUUUAAAUAUGUGAUUAUAAAAAAGGAUGAAUAAUUAGAAAUUUAUUAAAUUUUAAAAAAGGCGUAAAAGGAAAUUAAAAAAGGAAAAUAUGUUGUUAUUAGGGUCGGACUUGGAUAAUCGGAAUUCCGUGCAAGGAAAUGGAUUAAAUUCCAAUCAUAAUGGUGGUGAAGAAAGAUGCAAGAUGGAAAAUGGGGGCGGGGACAAUGACCCAGUGUCACAGCUGUUUGACCAGUUCUGUCACGCAUCAACAUGUCGUGCCAUCAUCUCCUCAUUUCAGCAGCUCUGUGACGCCGUCGGUCUUAGCCACGCAGAUCAUCGAAACUUCUACAGGAAAUUACGAGCGCGCAUAAGCACAUGGAAAGCUCACGCUCUCUGGGUGAAACUUGACAAACGUGCCAAUCAUAAAGAAUACAGACGAGGAGAGGCAUGUGCAAAUACAAAGGUCAUUAUAAUUGGAGGAGGCAUAUGUGGCCUCCGAGUUGCCAUAGAAACAGCCCUCCUUGGUGCACGGACUGUGAUCGUGGAGAAACGUGACAGAUUCUCACGGAAUAAUGUCCUGCAUCUCUGGCCUUUCCUCAUUGUUGACCUGAAAAAUCUUGGUGCUAAGAAGUUUUAUGGGAAAUUUUGUGCUGGGGCCAUAGAUCAUAUUAGUAUUCGACAAUUGCAGUGUAUCCUGCUGAAAGCUGCAUUAAUAGUGGGUGUUGAAAUCCAUGUAAAUGUCAGCUUUGAAGAUAUUAUUGAACCGACGUCUCCCGGCCAAGGCUGGCGAGUCAAAGUAGAACCAGAGAAUCAUCCACUGUCAGAAUACGAAUUUGACGUCCUUAUUGGUGCUGAUGGCAAACGUAAUACACUGCAAGGUUUCAAGAGGAAGGAGUUCCGAGGAAAACUGGCUAUCGCCAUCACUGCCAAUUUCAUCAACCGGAACACGCAAGCCGAGGCACGUGUUGAGGAAAUCAGCGGUGUGGCAUUUAUUUUCAACCAGAAAUUCUUCAAGGAUUUGAAUGAAGCUUACGGAAUCGAUCUAGAGAACAUUGUCUAUUAUAAGGAUGAAACCCAUUACUUUGUGAUGACAGCCAAAAAACAAAGUCUUCUGGAAAAAGGGGUUUUAAAACGGGACUAUUCGGACACAGCAGUGUUACUUUCCUACAAUAACGUGAACCAAGAUGCCUUAGCUAACUAUGCAAGGGAGGCAGCAGACUUUUGCACAAAACAUAAAAUGCCUCAUCUCGACUUUGCCGUCAACCAUUACGGGAGGCCAGAUCUUGCCAUGUUUGACUUCACUUCCUUGUUUCAAGCGGACAACUCUUGUAGGGUUUUAGAGAGACAAGGGAAAAAACUCCUGACAAUGUUAGUCGGGGACAGUCUUCUUGAACCAUUCUGGCCUACAGGGUCAGGUUGUGCGCGAGGGUUUCUCGGGGCAUUCGAUGCCGCAUGGAUGAUCAAACAGUGGUCCUCUGGCAAGAUGACGCCGCUACAGGUGAUAGCAGAGAGGGAAAGUGUAUACCAGCUACUGUCUCAAACCACUCCAGAGAACCUGCGACAAAACCAUGCUCAGUUUACUCUCGAUCCAGCGUCAAGAUACACAAAUAUGAAAUCAAAGUGGUUGAAGCCUAAACAGGUGAUGCACCUGUAUGACACUGGUGAUAAUACACUCAGGGAUGAAGUCAUAGAAAUUCCUGCUAAGUCUCCUCAAGAUGAUGUAAUAGAUACAUAUAGUUUAUUACGCUGGUGUCAGAAGAUACUGAAUACAGGCAAAUACCAUACAAUCAAUGUGACUGACUUGUCAUCUUCGUGGAAGAGUGGGCUAGCCUUCUGUGCUCUACUGCACUUCUUCAAACCUGAAGCAAUUGAAUAUGACAGUCUAAAUGAAGCAGAUGUUAUAAAGAACAACCAGCUGGCGUUUGACGUAGCACACAAAGAGUUUGGUAUAAACCCCGUACUGACUGGAGAAGAUAUGGCUAACUGUGAUAAACCAGAUAAACUUACGAUUGUUUCGUACCUCUCACAGUUUUAUGAUCUCUUCAAGAAACAGAGACCCCCAAGUGAUGACUACCUUAACAGUAGUUUUGAUGAGAAUCGUAAACACAGGUCACCAAGUCAUCGAAUGUCGAUACUUCAAAAACUUCGGUCUUCUCGCGUUAGUCUGUCCAAACUGAAGAAAUCCAUAAAGAAAGAGAAAGAUAUGAAUGAAGAAUACAACAUAAAUCAGAACAACAACAACAACAAUAAUUUCAGUAGGGACAAUGUGAGCAAACUAGCAGGAGUACUGUCUUCUAAUUGGGAGUCACAGAAUAGAGAUAAUAGGAAUGGAAAUGUAGAGUUAAUGAGGUACAGCAGACUUCCAAUAGAGAAAAUCACAAGCCAACUGGGUGAGAGUAACGUGAAGAAUGAAAUAAAGAUACACAAGACCCGUGAAAGUUGUCCGAAACUGCCCAUGGAUGAAAUAACUAACAGAUUGACCAGGGAAACACCUGACCAGUUCAAAGAUAUUAAAAUGAAGGAAGAAAUGAUGCCAGUAGUCAAAGUCAGCAAAAUGGCAGAGUUACUGGUUUCGAAGUUUAAAAAGAACAGUGAUCAACCCCCACCAGAACCUCUUUCGAGAAAAGUUAAGGGCCAGCCAAUGAUGGUAGCUGCCCAGCCAGCCAGUGAAUUUUGUUUCUUCUGUGGUAAACGUGUCUACAUCAUGGAGCGUAUGUCAGUAGAGAACGUGUUUUUCCAUAGCCAGUGUUUCAAGUGCGAGUUCUGUGGUGUAUUACUGAGAAGUAAUACAUACUCUGUGGACAAGAACAACUAUGGUGAUGCAUACAGAUUCUUCUGUUUCCGCCAUGCAUUGCCACAGAGUCGAUUUGGAAAACCCGCCCGUAAACGUGUUGCUGAAGAUGUGCCAGAUGAUGUUUCCAAGAAAAACAUUCCAUGUGAACCUGCUGACUUGGGACCAACACCAACUAAAGUUUCUGCAACCUCUAGAUCUCCUACAAAGCAAAAACCAGAGAUGUUGUCUCCAGUUUCAAACACUGAGGAUUUAAAUUCAAGUCUUAAGACUCCAGAGCGUAUAGAGUUUGAGAACACGAUUGAAGGCUUACAGGAGGAGACAGAGGAAGAACAGUGGGAGCACAAUAUGAGUAUGUCGUUGUCGCGAGGCGGCGAACUGGAGAUGGAAAUGCAGUAUGAUGAGGACGAGGAUUCUGACGACUCGGAUCUUGAAGAACUCCUGUCCGAAAUGGACGUGCUGGAUUAUGAAGAAGUGACGGAACUAUUAGAUGUUUGGUCUGAAGAUGAGGAGUUUCAGGAAGCUGUGGAUCUGUACACAUCAGGCCGGCUAGAGGAGUCAAUCAGCCUGGCCAGGGAGAGUCUCAGGCAUUCACGGGAAAACCUCCUUAAAGCUCAGGAAGCGGACGAGGACACUGAGGUCGAAGAAUAUGACGAGGAAUCUGAGACAGAAGAUUCAGAUACCGAAAUGGAAGAUGAAACAUUUGAACCAAACAGUACCAAAACAGAGUCUCAUUCAGAGGCCCGCUCAGCCACAGAGUCCAGGUCUGAUUCUCAGUUGUCCAUAAAUAGAAACAACUCCUCUGUCUCGGAGCCGGUAUCUGUCGGAAAAGUGUCAAACUUGCAACCGGCUUCUAGCACCUCACAGUCACAAUCAACAGUUACCAAUGGUGCCAACUCAUCCAUGGCAAGGGCGGCUCGAGCAGAUUUCUUCACUUCUCCUCCAGAGCCACUUAGACUGGACCCCUUCAAAAUGUUUGGAAUGGCAAGAAAAAAUCCAGUAAAAGAAGAACCUGUGUCCCAGUCUAAUGGCAAUGGUGAAACAAAGCCUCCAGUAGAUGGAGAAGGGGACGUUGAAUCAGAUGAAGGAACUGACCGCCAGGUUGGUUCCCAUGUAUUGGACAUUAAAGCACAGCAAAAUGAGAGCAAUAACACAGAUGAUGACCUUGAUGAAGCGUUUGUUUCGGCAGAGUACGAACCACUUAUUGAAGACGAUGAAAAGGUGGCAGUUAGUCGAGCAAUGGAGCAGCUUCUUGUUGACAUGGAUCACAGAUCUGAGUCAUUGAGUGACUCUAAUGACGAGUUGAACGGUUCUAGUGACAGUGAAGUUGAUGAUGAUGUUUUUCAUCAAUAUCGGCGACAGCUUUCGUCUAGAGAUUCAACAGGCUCACGUUCAGAAAGUGUGCUAAGUUCAAGUAGAUCAAAGUCUAAAAAUUCUUUAUCAAGUAGUGAUUUUGAUAAGAAUGGAAGGUCAGUUUCUAACUCAAGCUCAAGUGCAGAUAAACUAAAGAAAUCUGACGAAGAGCUUAGAAAUUCAAAGGAAUCACUUUCUGAUAGAAAUAAAUCUGGUUCAUUAAAUGAACUAGGGACAACUGAAAAGUCUGUUUUAAGAAGUGUUCAGCAAAUGAGUGAUAACUCUGGUUCUACCGGAGGAUCAGGGGAGACUACACUGAAAGUGUUGCAGAGUGUAAGUGAGAUUAAGGAACAAAAAGACGAUGAUGAAAUUGAACGAUGUAUUCAAUAUCUCGAUGAUAAGUUUGUGACGCGAAGGGCUCGGGGGAGCCAUAGAUCUGGUAAAUCCAAUUCAGAACUUAAGAAGUCUGGUAGUUCAGAUAGUUUCACUAUAUCCACCCCUAGUCAUUCGCCUUGUCAUACUGCAUCAAGUUCUCUGUCCGAAGAGUUUGAAUAUAAUAAAAAUAUUCUUGCUCAAGAGAGGGAAGAUGAAAGGCCUGAUUCAGAUAUGUUGAGAGAUUACCACAUGACAUUAAGUCAGGUCCUUGAUGAGGAUAAUGAUGGCGAAGAACCAUUUGACAAUGCUGGGAAAGAAGAUGAAGAUUUAGAUGCAACUUUGCAUGCAGAAGAAGCUCUUGACGCCUCUCCGGCAUCACCAGCUUCAGAGUACAUGUCUCCUAGGUCGGAGAUGGGCGAUGCUUCAGAUAAAAGUGACUAUGUUUCUCCUCGGUCAGAGAGAAAUAGCAGUAUGUAUGAAACACCAGAAACAAGUUUGAAUGAAAAAUCUGCAUCAGAUUUGAAAGAAGUUACAGAGAGUCUUGUUGAAAAUGAAAGUAGUGCAAGUAAAAAAGAACCUUCUAAAAAGUCCAUAUUGCCAAGUUUUGUUCAAACAAAAAUUAGUUCAAAACCAGAAACAUCUAAAUGUGUUCAAUCAGUGGAUGUUAAGAAAAAGAAAUCAGGUAGUUUAAAACCACCAAAGAAAAUAAAGCAGGAAAUUGACGAAACAGAUCCUGUUAAAAAUACCACCAAAACAAUUAUUCGCGCUUAUAAACAUGGUAGUCGGGAAGGUUCUGUGGAGUCAAACCAUCUAGAAAAGGAUGCAUGGGGAAGUUCAAGUUCUACAAGUAGCUUGAACUCAAUAAACUCAGCUGAGGCAUCUCAGAAAACAUGGCGACCAUUGCCGCCACUGCCAAUAGAAUCUCAGACCUCGCCAACACAAUCUAGAACUGUUAAACAGGGAACAGGGAGAAAGCUUCCAGAACCUGUCGGAUCCAAAUCACCGCAAGUGUUUCAAAGUAAUUUUAUGAAAAAAGCUUACUCCUCAAAUACAGACUCUAAUGACUCUAGCACGAAUACCCCAUCACCAAAUGAAAAUCGAAAGCCUGUGAUAACAAGCCAACCAAGACCAUUACCCCCUAAGCCAGGGGAAUCAAAACCUGGGAAGCCAGAAAAAAAUGUUAGUAAAGUUUUAGAUAAAUCUAGUGAAAGUAGUGGACUACGGACUAAAAUCACAGUGGAUUACUCCAAAUUGAAUAUUGAUAAAGACAGUGCAAGUGAAACUGAUACAAAAAAGAAGCGUAUACCAGUCGCCAGUGCUCUGAAAAAGUCUUUGAAACCAAGUCUUUCAGGAAACAGUGUAGGGGAACAAUCGGACGAUAUUCCAUUUGCUGACGAUAGUGAAAAUGACGUGAUAGAGGAGAAAUUUUUUACACCUGCCACUUCAAUAAAACCGAAAAGAAAAGCAGUGGGAAAGGAAGGAGAGUCGGUAGAUGCACGGAAAAGAAUUUUACCGACUCCUCCGAAAUCUUCUGAACCUGCAAUGCUUAGUCCUGAUCGUAUUCGUGAUAUACGAAAGGCAGAAAUCGAAAAGGCUCGUGAUGAGGCUCGGGAGAGAGCAAGGUUGAAAAGUGACGAGGAAUUAGGAUUACGAGAUACUCCAUCUGUGUCAAAAUAUAAAAGAACUGUAAGCACAGAGUCCUCUCAGAGUAAUUAUGCUAGUGCAGCAGAAAGUGAUGAAUUAAAAACUCCUUUACAAAAAGUCUCGGUUAGUUUUACUCCAGAAAUUCCCUUUUCAAAUGGUUCUCCAACCAAAGCUAAAGGUAAGAAAAAGAAAAAGAGCAAAAGCAGGGAAAGUAGUCUUUCAUCCAUAGAGAACUUAGAAGUUAACUCUGAAGUUAAAAAGGAUAAAAAGAAAAGGUCGCUGUUAGCUUCUAUUCUAUCUGGGGUUAAAACGCCAACAGACAAACCAAAAGAAUUCAAAGAUCGUGAUAAGUCAUCUUCCACUGACACAUUGGAAGACAAAUCUGCGAAAAAGAAAAAGACAAAAACACCGAAAACUGAUAAAAAGAAAGAUAAAAAGAAAAGGAAAACAGUUUCUAUGGAUGAAGAAAGUUUAUUGUCUGAAAAUAUGAAUCAGCUCAAGAUUGGUGCUGUAUUUUCAGAAAAGCCUGGAAAACGUCCAGCUCUGCGAGGGAGGAUAGUGCCACCUAAAGCUUCAGUUGAUGAUUUCACAGACUCUGAGGAAGAGUUCCCUAGUAUGGGCACAAGCAUGACAUCUCUGAAUGACUCGCAGUCUCGCCGAACAAAAUCUGACCAUGGACCUUUGUCUGAGGAAGAAUUGAAUGCGAGAAUAACAAGGAAGAUCCAGCAUGCGGCCAGAAAGCAACAAAAACAGCAGGAACAGAAACGGCUCCGCCAGGCUCAGGAAAUCCAGCGGAAACUGCAGGAAGUGGACGUAAAACAACGCGAGUUGGAGGAACGCGGAGUGUCAGUGGAGAGGGCACUGCGCGGAGAAGGUCCUGAGGGUGUGCGAUCCGAAACAGAACUCAUGCAGGAAUGGUUUAACUUGGUCCAUGAUAAGAAUGCGCUUGUGAGGCUCGAGUCAGAACUUAUGGUCAGUGCAAGAGAGCUGGAGCUUGAAGACAGACAAGGCAGACUUCAGCAUCAGCUGCGAGAAAGUAUGGCACUAGAUGGGUUAGAUUUGGACCUCUUUGACGAUGAGGUUUUUGAGGAACCAAACGAGGCCAAAAUAUCUAAAUAUCGGGAGGCCAUUUGCAGAAAUGACUCGCUCAAAUCUCCGCUACAGCGUGAGCGGGAACAGAAAAUCUACAGUGAAUUGAUCGAGGUCGUCGAAGAACGGGAUAAAUUAGUUGCUAUGUUAGAGGAGGAAAGAGUCAGAGAAAGAGAAGAAGAUAGAGACUUAGAGAACGUGAUGAGGGCCAAAGGGUUUUCGCUGUCCCCGACGUCGGGAUCCAAAAUACUCCGUAAAACCAGACCAGUGAAAGCAUCAUGACAUCAUACUUAACUGUUCAUCAUUUUCAUCAUCUGCUUAAAUACUCCAUAAAACCUGACCAGUCUAAUGCUGUGACAUUUUACUAUGUAUGUUUGUUAGGUUUUUACAAACUGACUAGCAUCUGGAUGUAGAACUAAAACCAGCAUCCUGGUGCAGAACUCAACUAGCCACCGGGUGCAAAACAUAAUUGGCAUCUGGAGACAGAACUUAUUUGUCGAUCAGGUGUAUAGCUGAACUGGCAUCUAGAUGCAGAACCUAACUGGCAUUCGGAUGUUGAACAUGCUAGGCAUCUGAAUAUAAAACCUGUCUGGCAUCCGGUUGUUGAACAUGCUCAGUGUCGUAGAACCGAACUGGCAUUCGCAUAUGAAACCUAACUGGCAUCCGGGUGUUGAACAUGCUAGGUGUCUAAAUGUAGAACUGAACUGGCAUUCGCAUGCUGAACAUGUUAGGUGUCUAAAUGUAGAACCAAACUGGCAUUCAUAUGCUGAACAUGACGGGCAUCUGCAUAUGAAACCUAACUGGCAUCCGGGUGCUGAAGCGUCUGAAUAUAGAACCUAGCUGGAUGAUGAAUGUAAUAGGCAUCUGAAUGCUAUACCGAAUAGAAAAUUUCUACAAAAGCUGACCCUUUUACUGAUCACAUAAUACCAAAUUAGUAAAAAACCAUCUUACUGUUCAUGUUUACUUUGAAGAUGAUACAAUAUUGCAUAUUUGUAAGCCAGUCUUGUUACUGUCCCAUCUUGUUAACCCUUAGCGUGCUGGCGGCAAGUGAUUCUGCCUUUUCGACCAGUGUAGACCAAGAUCAGCCUGCACAUCCGUGCAGUCUGAUCAUGGUCUGCACUGAUCGCCAUUCAGUCAGUAUCUUUUUGGUAAGCACCCCUUUUAACAGUUAAUGGUACUGUCCAAAUUGAAAGAUGGACAAGUUCAUUAUAGAAAUUUAGCAGGUUAAGGGUUAAUAAAACCAUGGGAGAUAACCAACACUGAACAUGAUGAUACUGAAUUUUACUAUGGGAUCAUUAGUAAACAUCUGUAAGCUUUGUUAAGGAAUGGUUCUAUUUUGAUGAUAUUUCAAGUAUCACAAACAUCAAGAAAAACUGAAAAAGAAAGAAAAGAAAGGUUUCACAGUUCACUAGCUUGAGGCGUGGUUUGAUGGUUCAAAUUAUAUAUCAGUUUGCAAAAGAGGUAUACGUGUUUUAUUUAUUCAUUGAUAGGUGUACCUGCAGGUUAUGUGCAUAAAAUAUUAACAUGAGAAAGUGUGAAUCUGCAAAAACUAUGCACAUUCUGUUUCGAAAUGUUAGAAUGAAGAGAAACGGAAUGAUUUUGGGUAUACAGUAACUCUUGUGAAAAAAGAAAACUCGAGUAUAGAUGUGUGUAUGUAAAAGAAGAAUUGUGACCAUUAUAUGUAAUUGCAUAUAAAUGAUAUGUAAGAAGUAAGAAAUAUCCAGAUUGUGCAAGUAAUAUUUUCACUUUGUGCUAAAGAAAAUUGUAAAUAUUACAAUAUUUAUUAAUGCUUAUUUAUGUUAAAAACCUAUAGACAUAGUUUGUGAAUAAAUUUUUAUGAAUGGUAGGUGAAUGACACAUUUUUGUGAAUUUUACUAAACUGAAUUGUCACUUUUGAUGAAAUUUAUGCGAGACUGUUUUGAAUGCCUGUUUACAUGAUGGUAUAAGAAAUGUCUUUUGGUUGUGGCUAAAUGCAAACAUUGAUAUGCCCUGGUGUCAAAAGUUAAGUUUUUGAUGUUGCUGGGAAUCAUUUUAUUUGCUUGUUAUUACUAUGCUGCCAGAAUUUCUCAUUAUUGAACUUUCAGAAUUUCUCGUUAUUAAAAGGUUGGAAUUUCUCAUUAUUAAAGGAUCAGAAUUUCUCGUUAUUAAACUCCCAGAAUUUUUCAUUAUUAAACAGUCAUAAUUUCUUUUUAUUGAAUAGUCAGAGGUGAGAAUUUCUUUUUAUUUAAUAGUUGGAAUUUCUCAUUUUUAGAUGGUCAGAAUUAUUGAAGCUAAACGAAGAAUCUCAUCAUAGUUUAGUCAACAUAACACGGUCAUAAUUUGUGAAACUCUAGUUUUCAGAAAAAAGUAGGGUGCAGUGAACUAAAAAUUUUAACUAAAUGCAAAAUGUCUUAUUAUUCAAAGAUCAUUAUGGUUGUGUUUUUUUUUUUCACGGGUAUUUAUAAUUUUUAUAAUUGAACUUUUUUGACAGUAUGGAAGAAUAGAAAUGAUGAAUGUCUUAUUAAGUCUUGUUUGUAAUUUAAAAAUGAAGGGAGGAUGUCCUGUUUAUUGCUAGACCAUUAAAUAACUGGUACUUGUACUCUGUUAGAAACAUUAUUAACUGUCUUCUGUUAGAAGUAUUGUUAAGUGCCCAUUUUUUCAUUAAUUAAAAAAAGUCCUUGUUCUGAAGAAUUCCUUGAAUUCCAGGCAUCAUGCCUGUUGUUUGUUUGUUUUUUCUUCAAUUUUGGAAAAUAUCCACAAUCUACCAGGCUUAGAUGCUAUAUUGAUUUUUUAAUGUAAAGUUGCAACUUGGCUUUCACAAAAAAAUAGCUUUGGAAAGAAGCUUGUUUUUGCUUUCACAAAAGAAAGGAGAUUUAAGAAACAAGCAUGUUUUGACCUAUGUUUUACACAUAGUAGUUUUCUAGAACAAUGGUGUUUACACGGUGUCGUAUGAACAAAUUAAAUGUAAACACACAGUUUAGUAUUUUUAGCAAGUGCCUUUUUCUAGAUUCAUUUUGAUUGUUUUUGUUACACCUAGAUUAUGCAGUCUAAGUUCUGCUGGUUAUUGUUAAAAGUUAAGGUUGAUUACUGUGAUUAAUUUAUUUGUAUAUACCCUUUAGCAGAGCUGAAUAAUGUAGACUUACUACAGUUCUAUACUUCUAGCCAGUUUUUAAAAUUGUUAAAAUCUGUCUUGAUGCUAGUGUUUUUUGGGUUUUUUUUUGGUUUAAUCAAAAUUAAUAAAAUUAAGUGGGAACAAACUGCUACAUGGAUGGACAUUUUUUUUUUCAGUUUGUGUGGUGUAACUUUUAACCUAUGUGACAUGUAGUUUAAUAAUUUACAGAUGCUUUUUACUGUAGUAUUUAUGGAAAGAAAUCCUUUGAAGUGAUUUAAAUAUAGAACAUGUCUCUGUAAUUAUGCACUUUUUCUAGUCAUUUCUGUACAUACUGAAGCUUUUUGCUUUGCAGAGGGGCAUUUUGUAAAACAAAUACUUUUUUACAAGAAUAUUUUGAACAGUCCAAAAUGUAAAGAUGAAAACAUUUCUGUGCAAUUGUGAUGGUAAAUGACAGAAAUGCUUAUAUUUUUAACCUUGAGCCUGCUUGCGGCAAGUGAUUCUGCCUUUGCAACCAGCCUGCACAUCUGUGUGCUACUGUUCGCUAUUCAGUCUGUAAAUUUUCAGUUAACACCCCUUUGAAUAAUAAAUGGUACUGCCCAGAUUGAAUGCUGGACCAGUCCAUUUUAGAAAUUUAGCAGGGUAAAGGUUAAAAAGUUCUGUAUUCAGGAUAUUUUUACAAGUAUUAUAUGCCCGAUAUUAAAGAAAACUCCUUUUUGUUAUGAACAUUAUUUACAGAUAUGAUGUGUAUAUGUUAACGAUAAUGUUGCUUGGUACGAGUGUUAUGUAAGCUGUGAAAUCAAUGGUAUAUAAAUGUACAGUAUUGUAUUGUAUAGUUGAAUGUACAGUCUUUUACUGCAUGUACUAAGAACCUUGUUACAGAUAAGGUUGUGAUAAUGUCUAAUAAACGUCAUUAAAAACGA